UUCUCUUCUCUCUCAGAGGGACCCUGGAAGGAGGACCAUCCCAGGGCAGGAGGACAGAAUGUUGCUGCAUCUGCUGCUGCUGCUGCCUGUGCUGUGGGGAGUGCCCACGGCUCAGGAUCAGAGGUACCAGCUGAAACUACCGGAGUCCGUGACAGUGCAGGAGGGCCUGUGUGUCCUCGUGCCCUGCAAAUUUUCCUUUCCCUGGACUGCCUUUGGAACCCUCCACGUGUUUUGGUUCCGGAAAGGGGAGGAUAGAAACCGUAAUUCACUGGUGGCCACAAACAAAAGAGAACAGAAGCUGCAGGAGAGCACCCAGGGCCGGUUCUUCCUCCUCGGAGACCCCCAGGCCCACAACUGCUCCCUGAGCAUCAGAGACGUCAACAUGAGGGACAGUGGGACUUACUUCUUUCACAUGGAGGAUGCCUUGAGGAAACACUCGUAUCUAGAUAAGACGCUCUCUCUGCAUGUGACAGCUUUGACCCAGAGGCCCGAAAUCCUUAUCUCGGGGCCCCUGGAAUCUGGCCUCCCCAGGAACCUGACCUGCUCUGUGCCCUGGGCCUGUGAGCAGGGCACGCCCCCCAUCUUCUCCUGGACAUCAGCUGCCCUCACCUCCCUGGGCCCCAGGACCCACCUCUCCUCUGUGCUCACCCUCACUCCACGGCCCCAGGACCACAGCUCCAGCCUGAUCUGUCAGGUUAAGUUCCCUGCAGCUGGUGUGACUGUGGAAAGGAUCAUCCAACUCAACAUCACCUAUGCUCCACAGAACACGGCCAUCAGCAUCUCCCAAGGAAACAGCACAGCUCUCAAGAUCUUGCAAGACGCCUCGCCCCUCCCUGUCCUGGAGGGCCAGGCUAUGAGGCUGCUCUGUGUUGCUGACAGCAACCCACCUGCAGAGCUUAGCUGGUUCUGGGGGUCCUCAGCCUUGAACGGCACCCCCAUCUCCACCACUGCCAUCCUGGAGCUGCCUCGCGUAGGGACUACAGGGGGAGACUUCACCUGCCUCGCUCGGCACCCGCUGGGCUCCCAAAAUGUCUCUGUGAGCCUCUCCAUGGUCUACCCCCCACAGCUGCUCAGACCCUCCUGCUCCUGGGAUGACCAGAGUCUGCGCUGUGGUUGCUCAUCCCGAGCCCAGCCAGCCCCCUCCCUGCUCUGGUGGCUGGGGGCGGGUCUGCUGGAGGGGAACAGCAGCAACGCCUCCUUCACGGUCACCUCCAGCUCCGAGGGUCCCUGGGCCAACAGCUCCCUGAGCCUCAGCGAGGGGCUCACCUCUGGCCUCCCAAUCAGUUGUGAAGCCUCGAAUGUCUAUGGGGCCCAGAGUGCCACUGUCGUGCUGCUGCAAGGUAAAUCAGAACCCAGGGCAAGGUGGGUCCUGGGAGCAGUCGGGGGAGCUGGCAUCAUGGCCCUGCUUUCUCUCUGCCUCUGUCUCCUCUUCAGAGUGAAGACCUGCAGGAAGAAGGCAGCCCAGCCAGUGCAGAGCAUGGACAACGUGAACCCAGUCGAGGGCUCAGGCUCCGGGGCGCAUCAGCACCAGGUCUGGACAGACUCCCCUUCAGACCACCCAGCCCCUGCAGGGGCGAGCCCCGUCUCAAGAGAGGAACAGGAGCCCCACUAUUCUCUCCUCCAAUUUCCCAAGCCUCAGGAAGAAAAAGGCACCAACACCGAGUACACAGAGAUCAAGACACACAAGUGAGGGAUUUUUAUCUCACAGUUCUGGAGGCUGGAAGUCUGAGAUCAACAAGUCAGCAGAGUUGGUUCCUUCGGAGGCCUCUCUCCUGGGCUUGCAGACAGCUGUCUCCUCUCUGUGUCCUCACAUGGUCUUCCCUCUUCUUAUAAAUGUUUCCUCUUCUUAUAAAGAUACCAGAUGUAUUGGAUUAGGGCCCACCCUAAUGACCUCAUUUUCACUGAUAUACUUCUUUAAAGACACUGUCUCCAAAUACAGUCACAUUCUGAGGUCUUGUGGGAUAGGACCUCGACUUAUUAAUUUUAUGAUUUAUCAGCCCAUAACACUCAGCCUCUAAUUGUUUUAAAAUUAAUGGCCUUCCUGGCAAUGGAAUGACUCCCCUAGUAUAUGUGGAAGACCACAGGACUUGUGUCCAAAAGAACUGAGUUCAAAUCCAUCUAUACCACUUAUUGACUGAGUCCCAUUAUCUCUCUGUGGUUCACUUUACUGUUCUGCAAAACAAGGGAGUCAUCCUUCUAAUCAGAUUGUUGUGAAUGAGCCUUGAAAACAUACAUAUAAAACAGUUAACAAAAUCUUGGUGCAAAAUUAUUUGUGAACUCUGAACACAGUCUUCUGUCAAGACUUUUGUUGGCUAUUUUAGUGAAAGUUUCUGCUCACAAUUUCUCCUAAGGCUUGGAGGGGCCAGUCCCAUAGGCCACAGAACUUUCUUCUCUAGGACUGGAAAUGAGGCAAGGAUGGCUGCUUUAACCACUUCUGUUCAACAAUAUAUUGUAGAUCCUUCCCAGAGCAAUAAAUGCAAGAUAGAAAUAAGAGCUCUCCAGGUCAUAAGGUAAGAAGUAAAAGAGUCUAUAUUCACAGAUAACACAAUUACGCCCAUGGAAAAUAUAGUUAUUCACAAAGAAGCUGCUAAAACCAAUAAAAGAGUUUAGCAAGAUGUUAAGAUAUUAGUUCAAAUGAAAAAAUUAUUUUUCAAUGCUAUAUAUUGGCCAAGGACAAUUAGAAAUUAAACAUUUUUUUAAAGAUGCAAUUUACCGUAACAUGAAAAAAAUUGAAUGGAAUAUAUGCAAGCUCUGGACAUUGAAAGAAUUACAUAGUAUUGCAUUAAGUAAUGAAAGAAGAUCUAAAUAAAUGGCGAUAUAUACCGUGUUCAUGGAUUGGAAGACUCAAUAUUGUUGGGAUGUCAGUUUUUCCAAUUGAUCAAUAAGUUCAAUACAAUCUCAUAUUCUCAGUGAGAGCUUUGUAGAAAUUGAUGAGCUAAUUCUAAACUAUGCAGAGAAAAGCAAACAACUAGAAUAUCCUAAGAAAUUUUGGAACUGACAAUAAAGCCAUUGAAGGAGACCCCUCCAGUUCCUGUCCCUCUGUCCCAAGAUACCUACCACCUCUUGCACAGCCACCAGCUAUGCAGGAGAAACAUGUCCUCCACAUCAGGGAGCAAGUCUCUUCUCCCAACAAAUC